AUUAAAAAAAGGAGAGAGAGAGAGAAAUAACCCCCUCCACACCCUGCCUCUCUUUCCUGUUUCUUAGACCUCGUCUUCUAACAUGGAUUCUACACUCCACCUGAAAUGCCAAAUCCGAUAAACCCUACAUUCACAGAUUAUAUACACAGAAGAAAGAAAAUAAAAUUGCCCGCUUUUCUUUCUUGAAUUCUAUUUUAUUGAGUUAUAUAAGCAUAUUCUGAUUCACAUAAAUCUGCAGCUUCAAGAUCAACAAUUUGGUUUUCAUCAUUUCCUUCUUUUGUUUUAUUUAGUAUGCAUAGAUCUGGAGCUGCUAUGGCUUGGAACGUAUUCAAGUUCUGUACGGCCCUGCGCGGCCUGGGCUCGAUCAUGAUUCUGUUGGUGCUCGGGGUUGUGGGUGUCACCUAUUAUGCCGUCGUUUUGACCAAUUAUGGCCCCGCUUUGUAUGAUAGUGGGCUUGAUUCCGUCACUGCAUUUGCUGUCUUGAUCCCAUUUCAUUGUUUGUUGGUGAUGCUAUUAUGGAGUUACUUUUCUGUUGUUUUAACUGAUCCCGGUAGCGUGCCACCUAAUUGGAGGCCUGCUACUGAUGAGGAAGGAGGUGAGGCUUACCCAUUAAAUGCCUCAGAUUUCAAUGGCCUUCCGGCCAAUCCAUCCAAUCAAAGUAUCCGGUAUUGCCGGAAAUGCACCCAGCUGAAACCACCUCGUUGCCACCAUUGUUCUGUUUGUGGUCGAUGUGUGCUAAAGAUGGACCAUCAUUGCGUAUGGGUUGUAAAUUGUGUUGGGGCAUUAAAUUAUAAAUAUUUUCUUCUAUUUUUGUUCUACACAUUUCUUGAGACAAGUCUUGUGACUUUGUCACUGCUGCCACACUUUAUAGCAUUCUUUAGUGAUAAUGACAUUCCUGGAUCUCCUGGGACCCUUGCAACCACAUUUCUUGCCUUUGUUUUGAAUCUGGCAUUUGCAUUGAGUGUUCUGGGAUUUCUGGUCAUGCACAUAUCACUGGUUUCUGCAAAUACCACUACCAUUGAGGCAUAUGAGAAGAAAACCACACCAAAAUGGCGCUAUGACCUAGGUCGUAGGAAGAAUUUUGAACAGGUAUUUGGGGCAGAUAAAAGAUACUGGUUCAUUCCAGCUUAUUCGGAAGAAGAUUUGCGGCGAAUGCCAGCACUUCAGGGUCUUGAAUAUCCAUCAAAGCCUGACUUGGACUCCCAGGAGUUCUAGGAACCAGUUGUGCCACGUGUCAUGGAACUGGGAAGUUCUCUUUAUAACAAUACGUACGAGCCCAACCGAAUGUGCCAUGAUGUCCACACCAUGCUAAACAAGUUGCAGCUAAUAUGGGCUUAUAUCGUUCCCACGAGCAUAUUUCUGAAAUAACUGGAGAGAGAGAUUUAUGUUUAGAAGCUGAUGUCUGAUCAAGGUGUAGGUUCCAGUCAGAAUACUGGGAAGCCAUGAUGGGCAGAUAUUUACUGUGUCUAAUUGUGAGAGUAUGGAAAAUGCGACAAAGAAAUGUAAGUUUACUGAUGUGGUGGUAUGCUGAAGCUCCUGUAGCCUGUAGGUUUUGUUGUGCAUUGAAUGGAAAAUAUAGAAAUGCGACUAGCUAUGGCCGGCCUUGACAGAGGAAUUUCACUAUUGUGCGUGGAAAAUUUUGCAGUUUAUAUUUCCAACUUUGUGAACGUGGCCUGGCCUAAGCAGUAUCAUUCAUGUCGCAGGAGGCAGACUGCAGGUUCUCUCCCUUCCUUUGAGGGAAAAAAAAAAAAAAAAAAAAAACAACUCUUUGGUUUUUUUUUUUUUUCUUUUUUU